AUGUCGGCGCUACUAACUGCAGAUUGGUUCCAACUAGACUCUUAUUACAGGAAGUUUGACCUCUAUUCAAUGAGAUGGUCCAUGGAUGAAGGGCUAGAUACAAUGAUAGUUAGUGGAGCACCAUAUGGAGGUCCCAUAGCUGUUGUGAGGGACAGGAAACAACUUGUACGGGUGAUGGGGAGUGCCAAACCAGUUAUUACCAUUUAUAAUGGUGUUGGAAAUGUUAUUUCUAAAAUCUUGUGGAACAGUGGUGUCCUGGUCCACAUGGGCUGGUCCGAUGGCGAACAACUGCUGUGUGUACAAGAGAGUGGGGAUGUGCUUGUCUAUGACAUGUUUGGCGCCUACCAGAGGACUUUUAACAUGGGACAGGAAGUUAGGGAUACUAAGGUAUGUAAAGCCGUACUAUUCCCAAACCCUGUUGGAGUGGGGUUAGCAGUCAUAACUACAACCAACCGCAUGUUUCUAGUUAGCAACGUAACAGAUCCUAAAGUUCGAUCAGUGCCAGAUUUACCACGUGCAAAUGAACCAAUAUCUUGUUGGUGUGUUAUUGCAUCAGCUUUUCUUGUGUGUAGAGAAAAAGAAAUCUACAAGUGUCAACUUGGGGAAUCCAGAGCUGUGCUCAUGCGUCCAGAAAUCACAAGCGCAUACACACAGAUAUUGUCGAUAGUAUCAUCACAGAACGGCAAGCAUGUCGCCUUCUUUACAGACUCAGGCAUGCUAUGGAUUGGUUCAUCUGAAUUUAAGGCUAAGCCUUACUCUGAAGUUGACACUGGUUACAUUAAACAACCUAAGGAACUUAUGUGGUGUGGAUCAGAAGCUGUUGUAGCUCACUGGGAUGACACAAUGUGUAUUUAUGGCACAAAAGGCAACUACUUCACUUAUCCAUACGACGGCCCGUUCCAUUUGAUACAAGAAAUGGAUUGUGUACGUGUUGUGUCCGAGAUGACACACGAAUUGAUGCAGAAAGUGCCGGCCGUCGUUGAGAAAAUAUUUAGACUCAGCAGUUCCGCCGCUGGCUCGUAUUUGGUUGAAGCUUCUAAACAUUUUCAGAAACGCAGCCACAAAGCCGACGAAUAUAUACGACUAGUGAAGCCAGACCUACCGAUUGCUGUCCAAAAUUGUAUCGAAGCGGCUUCCUUUGAAUUUAACCCAGAGGUCCAAAAGACUCUGAUACGAGCCGCUCAAUUCGGCAAGUGUUUUUUAAUGGACCCGGAGUUAACAGACCUCUAUGUGAAGACCUGCAGGUGGCUAAGAGUGUUAAAUGCGGUUCGUGAUCCAAAAGUAGCUAUACCGCUAACUUCUGACCAAAUAAAGCACUUGGGCGAACGCGUAUUUCUCGACCGACUAAUCUGGAGGCGGCUACACUGCUUAGCUGGACACAUCGCUUCGUAUCUACAACUUAAAGAUGGCAGGACUAGAGUACUGUCACACUGGGCUUGUUAUAAGGUCACUCAACCGCAUCUGGAUAAUGAGAGUGCGGCUCGCGAAAUAGGUGAAAAACUGAGCAACGUGCCCGGCAUUUCGUACACUACAAUAGCGAUGAAAGCCGCCGACAAAGGCAGGAAAGCACUCGCUAUUAAAAUCUUAGAAUACGAAACUCACAGUAAAUUACAAGUUCCUUUACUUCUAUCAUUGGGAGAGGGUCCAACAGCUCUGUUGAAAGCGACUGCGAGCGGUGAUACUGAUUUAGUUUAUAUAGUACUGCUACAUUUAAAGGAAAAAAUGGGCAAACGAGAAUUUGAACUUACAAUCCGCGGGUUCACUCUGGCACACGCUUUGUACAUCAAAUACUGCGCUUUACACAACCGUGAAACUUUGCGUCAAGUUUACGUACAAGAGGACGAUUUCCAAGGUCAAGCCGCGACCCACAUCCGUGACGCCAUAGAACAGACCAAUCCGGGCAGCAUUGAAGCGUCUCUUAUAUCCGCCAGGGAGUGUUACAAGAAGGGGAAAAAUGAUUUAGGUGUGUCAAUAUGUGAGGACGCUCGCAAGUUGUGUAAGCAACAAUCGUCACUCCAGGACAAGUACGGCUCUAGAUUUGUUGGCAAGUCACUGCACGACACUGUCGAACUACUGCUGGACCAGGGCGAAGUUAAACUGGCAGACAAAUUGCGUGCCGAGUAUAAGAUGCCCGACAGAAGAUAUUGGUGGCUUCGUAUAUUAAAGUUGGCUGAACAGGACGAAUGGGCAGAACUAGAUAAGUUCUCUAAAUCGAAAAAAUCACCCGUCGGCUACGAACCAUUCGUGGAUGCCUGUAUUAAGUAUGGCAAGAACGACGAAGCACUUAAAUACUUGCCGAGGUGCAGGGAUGAGCUCAAAGUCAUGUAUUAUGUAAAAGCUGGUUUCUACGAAGAAGCAGCAGAGGUGGCAUUUGAACAGAAAGACGAAAGCGGACUUCUCUUUGUACAAAAGAAAUGUCCGUUGAUAGAGAUCACCAAACACGCGAAGAUAGCUAGCCUUGUAGAACAAUUUAACACUAGGAAAUGA